AUGGUAGACAAAGGAAGUCAUCUUGCCAUCGAAUUUUUUGAAAGUCAUUUUGGAAAUGGCGCCGAACAAGCAGUCAAUACAGCCGCUGUUGCCAAACCACCGUCCACGUUGGCUUCUCCUGUACACUCAAGCGUAGAAUGUUCCACAACGCGUAGUCGAGUUUACAACAACGCGCACCAUUCACAAAUUCGACGUAGCUCUGAUGACAGGGAAGAUGGUCUGCUUCUCGAGGAUCAGCACCAGGGAGAGUUACAGCUAGUCGUUGAUAAAUCAUGGUUCUCCAGCCCCCAAGAGAAUCUGCCAUGUCCUAUGGAGGCUUUCCCCGAUCAAGUCGAAGUCAAGGAGUCGAUACCUGCGUGCUCGAGAGGCUUGAUGCUUCCAUCUACCUGUAGACCACAGCUAGGUCAGUCAAAUGGCACCGACAAUGUAAGCGCCCAACGCCCCAGUUAUGCUGAAUCGCCGAUUGGACCUUCACAGCAGAAUGCAAGUUUAGGAGUAGGUGAUGUGACUUGUGUAUCCUCAGCUGAUGAAAUUGAACGGGAAAUUGCCGAUGCAAUGGAAAGUGUACCAUUUCAGUGUACCACCAUUCCCCAGCAAGAGGCUGGCAGGAUCGCAAGAGAUCCCAUCGUUAGUGGUAUUGCCAAAGAUGGAAAAUUGGGUGGUGUGAAUGGAGACGGUUUUCUCAGUACGUAAAAAAUUCUGCCAUUUACUAGAGUAGUUUACCCAGAUUUUUCUCAUUGAAGCAUUCUUAUUCGUUAUUUUUAUCGAGUAAGCCGAUUAGAACACUGCUGCCAAGUCGUAAAGUUCGUCAGUUUUCACGAGUUUUUGGACAGGACUUAACCCUGCGGCGACCUUAACCACUACUUCCAAUUACUUUUCAAAUCUACAGUUGGUAAUUUAUUCGUUUUGUAACGAUAUCACUUAUCAGCUUUAUUUCUUGUAAUUAUCAUUUUUAGGUGACGCAGACGAUUAUGUACUACUCUGUCUUUUUAAACGACGAAUAAUUGCCAGAGAUAUACUUGAGCAUGCGUUAUACGCUAUCCCUGGGAACAAAUAUCAAGAGGUAAGUUCAUCUUUUCCAAUUUUGGUAGAUUUUGUGACAUUCUCGGCGGAUAUAGUGUGAAUUACUUGGGUUCAUUGCACCGUGAUAAUUUUUUUUGUAUUCCAGAUAUUCCCCAAAAUAAAAAAGGAUGAAGCUCUUGUUUAUCAUGGAACAGAAUUCCCGAUGGGUGAAGAAGACAAAACCAUGCUUGAAUGUUCACUUCACCGUCGUUUAGAAAUUGCUGAUGUUUUAUAUGUCCAGUGUAAAAUGGUCCUUGGUCAUGUUUUUUCAGUUGAAGAACCCUGCACGGUACGUAGAGUAAUUAUCUAAAAAGAUUUUAUUUUUGUACAUGUACAAGAUGUUCAAAUGAUGUUGUAAUUAAACACUACUUCAGCCAAGAAGUGUACUGAAAUUGGGCGAUGACAAGUUUGCUCUGUUUGCGUUAAGUCUUUAAAACGUUCUUUGGUUUAUGAAUGCUUAUACAUUAAAGAAGUGGAACACAUUUAUUGUUAUGAGUGCUGCUAUUAAAACACUGUCCUAUUUGUUACCAUAAAACAAUGUACCACACAAAGGUUUGAGUUUCAUUAAAUUGAUCAACUAGUAUCUAUAAAUAGCAUCCUUUCUUCUUUUAUGUUGCAGAGGAAAGUUACUGUGUCUGAAAUUCUUUCAAAGAGUAAUGAACGUAUCACAGCUGGAUUUUCAGUGAAAAUUAUAAUAAAUUGCCGUGGUAGCACAGACAAGUUAUAUGAGGAUAAAGUUAGAGUAAUAAUACAAUCUGGCAGCACAAGUCUACGAUUAAUUUUUCCUGUUAGUGUAAGUACAUUAUUGAAAUUAAUGGUGUUAACCAUGAUUAUUAGAGCAUUUCAGUAACAGCAGAGCUUAUAAGAAAUUUUUAUCUUCUUUACAUUUAUUACUGUAUCAUGCAGUUCUAAUACAUAAAAGUCAUAUAUUCAUUGUUUCAUCUUCAUCUUUCCGUGGUAUAUUACAAACCAAUGUAAGGACCAGUUUCCAUUUGCCUUGCUUGUUUAAUUUGUUAGAGUACUGCACUGGUAUCACAGAGCUCAGGGUUCAAAUCCCGGCAAACCUGAAAAUUUUCAGGCUUUCGUUUUGCAGCUGCAUAAGUUGUGUCUUCAACUGCUAUGAUCUUCUUUAUAUUUUUGAUUAUUAAUCUGUAGUCCUUUUCCAGCUCUUAUGUCAAGAUUAUCUUUCUGCUCAAGUGUAGAAAAUAACCAAACUGCAUCAUCUGUUUUGCCUGCCAAUCAGUCAGUUGCCCGUUCUGGUUAUCUGAUAAUCAUUGGUAUUUUACAAUUAAUAGCCAGAUAGUCGAUAGUUUAUAUAGGAUAGUGUUGCUUGCUAACCGUUUUUCUUUCCUCUUUGUAGCAUUAUGAAGCAAGCAUUUUUCCACGGCUGAAUGAUUCAUCAGGUAUAUAUUAAUCAAGACCUCAUAAUAAUUAUGUGAGUAAUGACUGCACUCUCCUCCAACCAAUGUGGCCUGGAUUCAAGUCCUAGCUUGAGAAUGUUAUGGGUUUCUUUCAAAUUCUUUGUUGUGAGAGCGUUUUCUCGAGGUAAUCUGUUAUUGCCUGUACUCAAAAACCAGCACGCCCAAAUUCCAAUUUUAUCUAGAAAGUGUUUUCAAGGUGAGUUAUUCUUAAUUGUAUACUAUCUUGUAAGGUGAGUGAAAUGAGGUGGGAAGUUGACCUUUCCAUUGGAAUCAACGACUUCCCUUACAGUUACCAGGUUGAGUACACCUUACUGCCCUUUGCUAUUUUGUCUUUCAAAAUAGCUUGGAUAUAGGUAGCAUUCUGAUAGUGGUUAGAGGUAUCACCAUAUCUUUGGUCUAAAGUUAGUUAAAGCCAUACAGGAAAAGAAUUUUCAGAGAAAGUGUCUAGCUAGCUCUAUAAGGACGCACACGAUGUUCACCAUUCAAUAGUAUUAAUUUUAUCAGCAUUUGUUUUCUAAGGGGUAUUGCUAUCUUCACAACAGCGAUUUAUUAACAUGCUGACAAAAUGUCCUUUUUUAGUCACAUGUAUGCCGGACGAGGACAGAAAAGCUUUGCGCAGAUGUCACGUUGCACUUCUGGACAAUAUUGGUGAUGUCAUGGUGCUAUGUGACCUGUUAUACCAAUAUGAUAUCUUUAGCAUUGGUGACAUUGAGGAGGUUAAGAGUUUGAUAAAGAGGAGGGAUCGCAAUGCCUAUGUGCUGAGUGCUAUUCAGACCAGAGGAAAUGUUCUUGACUUUUUCAUCAAAGUAAUGCAAGCAAAACGGGAAAACCAAGGGGCAGCUGCCAUUUUACAGGAGAUGAGGCGCCAGGUUUAUAGUGGUGCUGUUAAGUAA